CAUUUGACUUGACUGUUCCUUCAUCCUUGGCCCUUGCUUUUUGCUUGGUUGGUAGUUGCUUUGGUACAAUAAAUACAUUGCAUUACAAGUGCACUACAUUUUAUUUCGGGAUGGAUUAUUGUGUAUACAGUUUAAAAGCAUGAAUUUGAAGAAGCUAUCGGUGCUAUUGUUGUUAUUUUGGUGACAUGGGUGAAUUUAUAAAAACCUUUAUAUUACGGUUAUAGUUUUCUUGUUAUCCUAUAGACAGUGAUUCAUCUAAAGAUUAUUAAAAUGUUAAGUUAAUAUAAACCUGCUUUAUGUGUGUGAUUGUGUAUUACUUUAAUGAUGAUUGGUUAGGAUUAAUGUGGUAUGGCACUUGUAACAAUUCGUCGUACUCCGAGUGUCCAAUCGCCUAGGAAAACGGAUGAAGAAGAAAAAUCUAGUGAUAUUGUCGAAGACGAUGUUGGAGGUCGUGCCAGUAAAAGCCUCAAUGAGUGCUACUUCGCAAACAAGGGCGCGGCGUUGGUGCUGGGCAGUACGGAGCACGGGUGUACUGAACGGCGGCGAUCUCCACCACGUGUGCAUCCCCAGCCAGACAUUCACCAUCACUUACAGUCCAUGUUUUACUUGGUGCGCCCGGAGGAGACGCUCAAAAUGGCGGUGAAACUGGAGAGCGCUCAUGCCGGUCGCACGCGGUACCUGGUGGUGGUAUGCCGGUACGACGAGGCCGCCCUGCUGGGCAUCGACUGCAAUGAGCGCACCACCGUAGGCCUCGUGCUGCGAGUGCUGGCUGACACAUCUAUUAAAUUAGAUGGAGACGGAGGGUUUAGCGUAUGUGUGUGCAAUCGUCAACACAUAUUCAAACCGGUGUCUGUUCAAGCCAUGUGGUCGGCGCUGCAAACCCUGCACCGGGCGAGUGGCAGAGCGCGCGAGCUGAACCACUUCGCCGGCGGCGCGUCGCACGCGUGGUGCGCGUACUACGAGCGCCACAUCGACUCGGACCGCUCCUGCCUCAACGAGUGGCAUGCGAUGGACUGCAUCGAGUCCCGAAGACCGCCAUCACCGGACUCGUUACGACUUAAACCGCGUGAAAGAGACGAAACGGAGCGCGUGAUUAGAUGUACGUUAAAAGAAAUUAUGAUGAGUGUGGAUCUCGACGAAGUCACCAGUAAAGCGAUCCGGGGCCGCCUCGAAGACGAGCUUGAUAUGGAUUUAGCUGAGUACAAGUCGUUUAUUGACCAAGAAAUGCUUACAAUACUGGGCCAAAUGGAUGCUCCUACUGAAAUAUUUGAUCACGUUUAUUUGGGUUCCGAAUGGAAUGCCAGCAAUCUAGAAGAAUUACAAAGAAAUGGGGUUCGACACAUAUUAAAUGUGACGAGAGAGAUAGAUAAUUUUUUUCCUGGUAUGUUUGAUUACCUGAAUAUAAGAGUAUAUGAUGACGAAAAGACUGACCUUUUAAAACAUUGGGAUAACACAUAUAAAUAUAUAAAUAAAGCCAGAAAUGAAGGCUCCAAAGUACUCGUACAUUGUAAAAUGGGGAUCAGUCGAUCCGCGUCAGUGGUUAUUGCAUAUGCAAUGAAAGCUUUUAAUUGGAAUUUUGACAAAGCUCUCAAGCAUGUUAAGGCGAAAAGAAGCUGUAUCAAACCGAACACAAAUUUUUUAAAUCAACUCGAGACAUACCAAGGUAUACUCGAUGCAAUGAAAAAUAAGGAAAAGUUGCAAAGGUCUAAGUCAGAAACUAAUCUUAAGUCUCCUAAAAAUACGUCUAAAAUAGAAAAUAAAAUAAUAGAUCCUACGCCUUUAGCGUUGGCGCUGACAGGUUCUUAUUCGGGGCGGCCGAGGUCUUGGUCUCCUGAUACGAAGCUGGCUUCUGAAUUGCUUCCACCUACCUCUGUAUCGCUGGAAAACUUAGCAUUAGAAACGCGCCAUAUGCUGAUGCCAUGCGCUAGUGGCAGUUACAGCGUAUCUCCAAACCAGAUUAUGAGAUUGAAGGAGGAAGGAGCACCUUCAGUGAAGCAUAUUGUAAAUGAAAUUGAAAAUGCCGCGUCAGGCGAUAGAAAAGAUAUUCCAAGGCGAAAUCAGCGCUUAAAUUUUAAUAAUCUUGUGGACAAUUUAUCUAUAUGUAACACUGGAGAAAUUAUAAAUAGAGCGCAACCGUCACCAUUACGAAAUAUAGGUCACAAAUGUACUCAAUCUGACAAUGAAGUUGACAAAAUACAUACUUGGGAUCCAGGGGAAGUGCCGUGGGUGAGUGAAGAACUCAGGAAUACUAGUGACAGUGACAAUAUAGUGAAGAGUGAUAGUGGUAUAAUAGAUGUAAAACUGAAACCUAGUGAUGUUAUUUACGGUUCUGUGGAACGUACGUUAGACUGUGACGAAAGAAGAGUGGACGAUGACGCUCCGCCAUCGAGCAGACAAAGUUCUUGGAGCUCGUUCGAUAGCGCUGUAGUUCCCGACCUCUCGCGUCAUUCGUCGUGGGGCUCGUACGAUACAAGAACCGCCCGGCCGCAGCUCACUUCCCGCGAGGAAAGUAAGCGGCCCAAGGAGCGAGCCGAGGACCGCGGCCCCGAGUCGCCCGCCCCGCAGAAACCGCCUUCCGAUCUCAGCAUAAUAAGCGAGCAGUCGGAGCCGCGCGGAGGGCGAGCGCCUUGCCGCCCGCCCAUGGAUAUUUCGGACAACGAACGCAAAUUUAAUGAAACGUGUGCCAUACUAAAGGAGCUCGCGAACGCCGCGGCGCGCAUGGAGCGAGCGCGGGACCGCGGGGCGUCCACGUGGGGCGGGCGCCUGUCCGCGUCCGCGCCGGCCGACACGUGGCUGCGAGCCGGCCCGCGCCGCCGCCGCCUGGCCGCCUCCUCGCACGGCGACCUGCCGCGCGCCGCGCCCACGCCCCCGCCCUCCGCCGCCGGCUUGGUCAGCAAUCUGAAGAAGGAGUUCGAAGCGCGUUCUGAAAGCGACCAGCCGAGAAGAUCG